AUGGCGCGUCCACCUCCUUCCAUCCUUCGCGCCACCGCACGCGCGUUCACGUCAUCGAACGAAACAUUCGCCCUUCCAUCCAUAGUCGACGUCGUGUACGACGUCAACGAUGCCGAGCGCGCGCUCGUGGAGCACGGUUUCGCCCCGCGCGCUGUGGAAACCUCCACCUCCAGUGCGUCUGAUUCUCAAGACUCCGCUGUUUCCUUCAUCGGGUUCGACGUCGAGACGCGGCCGUCGUACGCGCGAGGCCAACGAAACCCACCGGCGCUCGUGCAGCUGGCGAACGAGCGCGCAUGCGUGUUGGUACAUCUGGGUGCGAUGCGGAGCGGUCCGCACGGCGGCGUCCCGCCGACGCUCCGAGCGCUGUGCGAAGACGCAUCGACGAUGAAGGUUGGGAACGGGGUGUUGAACGACAUGCAUGAUCUCGAUCGAUGGUACGGGUGGGCGUCGAGAGGGUUCGUGGACACCGGGGUGGUGGCGCUCGCGCACGGUAUCAAGCGACACGGGUUGAAGGCGACGAGCGCGCGGUACGGAUACGCCGCAGAAAAGCCGAAGAGCGUGCAGACUUCGAACUGGGAGAAGGCGCCGCUGGAUCGGCGACAGAUCAAUUACGGCGCGAUCGACGCGGCGUUGGGAUUGUGGGUGCUUGAGCGCAUGCACGGGGAGUACGGGGAUCAAGUCAAUUUGGCGAAGUGGGCAAUGUCGUUUGCAAACGCGUCUACACCAGCCGAGGCGCGACGACGGUCGAGGCGAGACUCCGCGACGCCGGCGUGUGUGACAAAGGCGUUCGACGAUUUUGACGUGCGAGAGCGGGAGGCGGUGCGAGAGCGUUGGAUGCAGCGAAAGAUGAAGCGGGCGAUGAGCGUCCUCUCUCAUGCGUUGGAGGGAGCGAUCGAUCACUUGAACGCCGCGAGCGCGCUCACGGGCAUGUUACAGGCGCCAAAGGUUAAUUCCACCGUGAAAUGGGUGAUUCAGGAGCAAGACCCUGCGAAGCAGACGUUCAGCGUGCGACUCGAGCUCGGAUCAACGACAAAGGGGAGUGGAGAGGCGAAAUCUAUCAAGGUGGCAAAGAGACAGGCCGCCAAGUCAGCGUUCGACGAGCUCGUUCGGGGAAAGGCGCAGGACGCGGAUUUCAUCGAACGUUGGCUCCGGCGAGAGCUCGAGCACGCGUACUCGCGAGGGAACACGGGAUGA